GGCCAACUCAGAGUGGGCUGAGGGCAAUACAAACAGUCUUAUCUCGGGCACAGGUCACCGACUAUAAGAAACGCAGUCACUGGGCUCUUCAGCUUUGACUUCAAGAUGAAAUUCCUUGUCCUGGCUGCUCUGCUCACAGUCGGUGCCGCCGACAGCGGCGUGGCACCUCGAAACCUGUUGCAGUUUCGUGGCAUGAUCCAGUGCACGAUACCUGGGAGCUCCCCCUACUUGGAGUUCAACGGCUAUGGCUGCUACUGCGGUUUGGGCGGCUCAGGCACCCCUGUGGAUGAACUGGACAAGUGCUGCCAGACGCAUGAUAACUGUUACACUGAAGCCCAGAAGCUGAGCAGCUGCAAGACCCUUGUGGACAACCCCUACACCAACUCCUACUCCUACUCGUGUUCCGGCACCACGGUCACAUGCAGCAGCUCAAACAAUGCAUGUGAGGCCUUCAUCUGUAACUGCGACCGCAAUGCUGCCAUCUGCUUUUCCAAGGCGCCGUACAACGACAAGUACAAGAACUGGAGUAACAAAAACUGCUAGGAGUGCCUGCCUCGCCAACACUUUCACCUUAGACUGUGCCUUCUA